GGCCGGUCUUCUCGGUUUGCGCGUUCCGGACGGGCGUUGCGUGUUAUUUGUACUCGCCGGCGUGUACUCGCUCGUAACGUUACGGUAUUGACGCGUACACCGUUGUACAGGGUGUCCCGAAAACUGCCGACAGGCGACAAGCUUGUCUGGAGCAGAGUUGUUGGAAAAAUAAUAAAUGAAUAAAAGGAGCAGGAGACGCCGGUACUUUCGCCGCGUUACGUCCCGGAUACUCGUGCGAAACCUGUUGUUACAUUACCUAUCUCGUUUGUCUCGCGCGACAAGCACUUCGCGCGACGAUCAAAAUGAAGAAUCAGAAAUUACACGUUGCGUAAUUACGUGUCGCUCGAUUCGCGACGUCAGUCUUCGAGGAAAUUUAUCAUCGCGCUGUAUUGCCGCUAAUUGCGAGACGCGAUAAGCGGCGUUUAUUGAGCAAGCCUCGACCGGACGGUUGAACAAUCAGGCUCUCGGGAGAGAGUUGUUCCCCGGUGCUAACGCACCGUGGAAUAAAUGUCAAACGUUAGGGACUCGGCAAAAUACUAGAUCCAGCACCUAUGUCUAAAUAUAAAUCGGCGUAUGUUGUUAUAAUUAGUCGGCAGAACGAGGCAAAAUUUAAUGAAGAAAAAGAGGAGUAACGUGCGAUCGUAACGAGAAUUUUUCUUCGAGAGAAAUUGUCAUUUCCAUUGUCGGAAUGCCUUUAUUUUAAAUACAUUAACGUUCUCGAUCGUUUCUUUCCGUGUCUUUUGAAAAUUAUGGAUCUUGCAGUGGAGUCCCCUCCGAAAUAUAAUAAGUUAAUAGAAAUAUCUUACAUUGAUGUGUUUAUUCCAGUUUUUAUUCCUAACUGGAAUUAUUCCUGACCGCGUCGUGAAUUUUUUAAUUGUUCAUCGUGUUACUGACGCAUGCAAUUAAUGAUGAACGAGCUUGAUGAGGAGUCCAAUUACGAUAUGCGCGGCACGAUCUCCUUCUCGACUCGAUCGGGAUGAUUGACCGGUAAUCGGAGACAAUUAGAAUGGCGAUAUUGCGCGUCGUUGGCAAUUUGCAUUGUCGUAAAAGAAUAGCCGCGUUUACGAAAUCCGCGAUAGCUUAUUGUUAGUCGGAGAUUGGCGACGCGACGCCAACGAUCUGUAAACCGAGUCCGCCUGUGCCGUUUAUUCGGAGUACAUCGAUCGCAUGCAAGUAUAUCGCUAUCGCAGAUUUUAACGCCGUUCCGUUGGCUUGCGAGAUAAAAUUAGUUACGACAUACGAGAUACGUCUGCUAAUUAAAAUAUUAGCUGGGAAAAAAUUUAAAUCUUUCGGAAGAAAAGGAACUGAGACACUAUCAAGGGCGAAACUUAAAUUAAUUUUUAACGCCGAUAAUAAAAGAUAAGCUUUAUAAUUAUCGCGUCGUCAAAAAUAUACGCAGAAUUUAUUUUUGCGCAUACUCCAUUUAUCAGACUGAUUAAAAUCUGGACCGGUUCUCGACUUACCUCUGCCUAUUGCGCUAUUUACAGCCGAAAAGAAGUGUGUUUCUGGUGAGAUAAUAUGGAUAACGAUUGCGUCAUGUUAGCUUAAAAUUUGAGACGAAUAUAACGAAAGGCAGUUUGCGAAUAAUGCAAGGUAGUUUUGCCGUAUUUUCCUACCGUGCUUCUAUCCUCAUUGCAUAACGUGGAUGGAUCGACAAGAACAACGUUUUUCCAACGCACUCGCGUGACGCCGGGACACCGUCGCGCAGCUUUUGCUGAUGGUUCGGACGAGCGCGUGCGAUGAAAUAUUACGGACUGAUGAAAACGACACAGGUAGAAUUAGAAGGGGAAUUGUAAAUACGAGCCGUUUCAGCUUGAUGCGACAAACGUUGAUUGUAUUAUUGUCCUAUGAACCUCGGAGAGAGAAUCUCCUGAUUUAGAUCUCAAAUUCCCAGGUAGUAAGUUGACGUUAUUGUAACGUCAAAACGACGACAAAUAAUGUCAACUUGCUACCUGGGAAUUUGAGAUUUAAAUCGCGGGAUUCUCUCCGAGGUGGUGUUCUGGACAAUAAUACAAUCAAAUCCAACGUUUGUCGCUUGCUAUUAUAGGAUUCGACUCGCGAUCGUGAAGUUGUUAUCGCGCGCGAUUAAAUAAGGCUUAACUGUCGCACGCAUAUAUCCGAUUCUCAGACAUUUCGACAGGGAUUCCGUCAGACAUAUUUAUAUCGACUUCGUGUACUCUUAACAUCGAACACUGAUUACACAAAAGAAAUAAUGUAAUCUGUCACUGAUAUCGAAUCAAGUUAAAUAAAGAAAAUUAAAUAAAUUUGCGAGAAGAACUUGUAAAAUCUCCGGUGGAAGUGUUCGAAGCCACGAAAAGGCGGAGGGAAACGUACGUAAAACAUUACUUCUCGUCGAAAGAAGAUGGUUUCAGGCGAAUAAUGAAUACCGUAUGAAAGGAGACCGCUACAAUUUACGGUCUUGGUGGCGCGAAUCGCGAAUCGCAAACGAGGCGUCUGACGAGGAAGGCUCGCUCGGUUUUGCUUAAAAAGACGUUUCGAGGUUUCUCUGAAAGAGAGAGAGAGAGAAAGACGUCGGUUUCCCGAGGAAGAUAACGAGACGUCGCGCCCGAGAGGCGCGUGCUUAAUUAAUACGCGCGCUGUUCGGUGCGUGACCGCCGCGCUCGUCAGAGUGAUUUCGCACAAAAGUGAUUUGGAGAUAAGCAUAUAAAACAGAGAAAAAACCGAUCAUCGCGCGAUACCAUGCACCGGAGAAUCGAACGCACAUUGGCACUUGGCACAUUCGCAGGAUUAUUGAUUCGAUCGCAUGAUACAGCGAACGAGGAUGCCGCUGUUCAAGAUACCGCGGACCACGCCGAGAUCGCCGGUAACGGAGAAAGCUGCGAACGGCGUGCAGUAUCACCAGCCUCAUCAUCAACAUCAGGCCGGCAGUGACAACGGUCAUGACAGCGGCGCGAGCGAUAACGGUGGUCGGACGGGUAACGGCGCUCCUCCUCUUCUUCAGCGCGAGCAAACGAGAUCGCCGCCCCCGAGGCCGUCGACGCUGGUCUUCCACUGUCAACUGGCUCACGGCAGUCCCACGGGGCUGAUAUCGGACUUCAGCAAUGUCCGGGAGCUGUACCAGAAGAUCGCCGAGCGCUACGACAUGCCCGCAGAAGAGAUUCUCUUUUGCACGCUUAAUACGCACAAAGUGGACAUGACGGAGCUGUUAGGCGGACAAAUCGGCGUGGGCGACUUCAUAUUCGCACAUAAAAAAGGUCGACCGAAAGAAAUCGAGUUGGUGAAAACGGACGACGCGUUGGGCCUGACGAUCACCGACAACGGCGCCGGUUACGCCUUCAUAAAGCGCAUAAAGGAGGGUUCCGUGAUCGACAGGAUAAAGGUGAUCGAGGUGGGCGAUCACAUCGAGAGGAUCGACUCGACCAGCCUCGUGGGCAGACGGCACUUCGAGGUGGCGAGGAUGCUGAAGGACAUACCGAAGGGCUCGACGUUCACGCUGAGGCUAGUGGAGCCGCAGAAGAACGGUUUCGGUAGCAUCGGGCCGCGCGGUGACCUCAAGAAGGGAAAGAAGGCCGGCUACGGAUCCGGCAAGGAGACCCUGAGAUUCAGGGCCGACGGUAGCGCGCAAAUCGUCGAGCAGAUUGAUGAUGCUGCUACGAUAGGCGUGGAGAAGAUUAACGCUAUCUUGGAGAGUUUCAUGGGCAUCUCCGAUACGGAGUUAGCCACGCAAAUCUGGGAACUUGCCGAGGGUAAAUGCAACAGUAUAGACUUCGCCGAGGCGAUAGACAAUUCCGACUUGGAGGACUUCGGUUUUACCGACGAGUUCGUGAUUGAAUUAUGGGGCGCCGUGACGGAUGCCAGAGCGGGCCGGCAUCGAUGACGCGAGGAUCGACGACGGAAUGACGAACCUGCACCGCGUAUGUUGAGUGGUGGAACGACUAGACGAAAUUAUACUCGUAUUUGUGAACGUACAACGGAGUGCUUUUCUAAUUGAGAGAAACGACGUUCGUUCAUUCUCGUGUUACCGUGAUCCAGAGGCCUACUCAUGGGCGCGCGUUUAGCGCCAGUCGUGAUUUCUUUCUCAAAGUCUGUUUAUUUAAAAAAAAAAAAAAAAAUGAUUUGGUUGCGAAUGUUCCUUAAACUCUCAUGCGGAAGAAUUGAACACUCGGCGUAUUCGGUCUUAAAUGCGCGGCGAAGAUGUAGGUUGAAAUCUGCAGUAUUCCGCGUAUUAUAUUGUACAUUGUGUCAUAUGGCAAGAGCGUUUUCUCAAAUUGAAGAGAAAGAGGACAAUGGUAGGCAUCUUUUACAGAUUGCCCUGAAAAUUGAUAAUGGAGCAUCUUUUUGCCUCGACGGCAAAAAGAAAACUUUCAAUAUUAUUUGUAAAGUAUUAUUUUAAAAUAUAUUAAAAAUCUUAAAUUGUAUUAAAAAAGUAUUAUUAAGUUAUGCUGUAAAAUUCUUCCUCUCUUAUGUAUUAAAGCACCGAUCUCGAUUUCCUUGUGAUCGCGAAACGAUUCUGCUUAUUCAAAGCGAUAUCGACCUGCGAAAAACAUGCAGAAAACAAUAUUUAAUAUUAGCGACGAUUGGUAUUAAUUAUUCCAACGACAGAAUAAACAUGUUGACUGGCAUUAUCAGACGGCGUCAUCGCGUUGGUAUCGACGUCGACGAUAUUAUUCUAAAACCACACCUUAAAGUCGUCAUGGAAAUUUCGAAGUCUUAAGAACUUUACGACGUUUUCUAGAUGUCCUAAGACGUCUUAACGUCUUUAGACAGACGUUCUGCGGGGAACACUCGGAAAAUGUUAUACUAUAGUGAUAAGAAUAGAUUAAUAUAUUUUAAUACAUAUGUAAGUUCACACGAUGUAAGCGUAAGUGUGCGAGAAGCUAUUAUAUUUAGUCCCGAGAAAUAAAGUCUUUGUAACAAACGCAUGGUUUUUACUUAAUAACAGCCAAAUGAGAAUUUAAAUCGCCAGUGAAUAAUGAAAAAUAUCAGCGUAGAUAUCGUUUACUCGA